AUGAAAAUAAAGAAACAAGUUUUAAAAAUAAAUAAUAAUUAUAAAAGAUUUGGUCUUAAUAGAAUAAUAUUUCUCACCAAAUUAAGCAUUUUUACAGGAUCAGGUCCUCUCAGUCCCCUGUUAAAAUAA